AUGUCCGCAGCGAUACGAGCCGUGUCCACGCUUCCAUCGUCGACGACACGAACCUUAUCUGGGCAGAAAAGGCACCGUCAUCGUCGUCGCUUCGCUCGGUCGUCGUCCCUUCGCGCGGUCGCGGGUGACUUCCCCACCCCGGACCUCGACAAACCCGGCAAUGCCAACUAUCAGGAGGCCAAGGCUCUGUCCGCGAAGCUCGCCGGUAACGCCGCGUCGGUCGGAGCGAGCCACGAGCCCAAACGGGUGGUGGUUGUUGGAGGCGGCCUCGCGGGGCUUUCGUGCGCAAAGUACCUCGCCGACGCGGGUCACGUUCCCGUCGUGCUGGAGCGCGGGGACGUGCUCGGAGGCAAGGUAUCGGCUUGGCAGGAUGAGGACGGGGACUGGAUCGAGACCGGACUGCACAUCUUCUUCGGCGCCUACCCCAACAUGAUGAACCUGUUCAAGGAGCUCGGCAUCGAAGAUCGGCUGCAGUGGAAGGAGCACGCGAUGACGUUCGCGAUGCAGGACUACCCGGGCGAGUUCACCAAGUUUUACUUCCCGCCCAACUUGCCCGCGCCGUUCAACAUGGCGUACGCCAUCCUGACGAACGAUAAGAUGCUCACGUGGACCGAGAAGCUUCGCACGGGGAUUCCCCUCGUUCCCAUGCUCUUGGGAGGCCAGGAGUACAUCAACGCGCAGGACGAGCUCUCGGUUCAGCAGUGGAUGAGAAAGAACUUCAUGCCGGAGCGGGUUCGGGAGGAGCUGUUCAUCGCCAUGGGCAAGGCGCUCGAUUUCAUCGACAGCGACAAGCUCUCCAUGACGGUCAUCCUCACCGCCAUGAACCGUUUCAUCAACGAAACGCACGGGAGCAAGACGGCUUUUCUGGACGGCAAUCAGCCCGACCGACUGUGCGCGCCGAUGGCUAAGCACGUCGAGACAGUCGCGGGCGGCGAGGUUCGAACGAAGGCGGGGCUCAAGAGGAUUCUGGUGGACGAGACGACCGGGGACGUGACUGGCAUGGAGCUCAUCGGCGGGGAGGUGGUGACCGGCGACCACUACGUGAGCGCCAUGCCGGUGGACGCGCUCAAGCUCCUGCUGCCGGACGUUUGGAAGCCCGACCCGUUCUUCAAGCAGCUGGAGGAGCUCGAGGGCAUUCCCGUCAUCAACGUCCACAUCUGGUUCGAUCGUAAGCUUCGCCCGUACGAUGGACUGGUCUUCUCCAGGUCGCCUCUGCUCUCGGUGUACGCGGACAUGUCGGAGUGCUGCAAGGAGUACGCGAGCGAUGAUACGUCGAUGCUCGAGCUCGUGUUCGCUCCGUGCUCGAAGGAGGCGGGCUCGGACGUCAACUGGAUCGGCAAGUCGGACGAGGAGAUCGUCCAGGCGACGUUGGGCGAGCUCGAGAGGCUCUUUCCCGACGAGAUCGCCGCGGACGGGAGCAAGGCGAAGGUGGUCAAACACGCGGUGGUGAAGACUCCGAGGUCCGUGUACGCGGCGGUGCCGGGUCGAAACAAGUUCAGGCCCAGUCAGAACACGCCCGUUAAAAACUUCACGCUCGCGGGUGACUUUACGUAUCAGAAGUUUCUGGGCUCGAUGGAGGGUGCGGUGCUCAGCGGGAAGCUCGCGGCGGAGGUGGUGGCGGAUAAGAUGGCCGGGAGGGAGGCGAAGCCCGUGAAGGAGGUUGUCGCGCGGUACCGAUGAUUGAACGUCUUCUCGCGACGAUUCGUCGAAAGAUGACGUUUUUAAUAUAACAACGCGUCGGUCGCUC